UGUUAAAAUGUGAAAUGUUAAGUUUGAAAAAAAGUCAUAGACAUGUCUACGUGGUGGAUCUUACCUUCAUGAAAUAUGCGACACGUAGACAUCCACGUGACAUUUAGAACCCACACAUUUUGUUAUUUGAAAGACGGCUUAAAUAAAGAAGAAGACAUACAUAUACGUAUAAAGCGGAAUCUGUGAUAUGUCUCUGUUUAGUUUCAAUAAUUUACUCAACUUGUUCAAUCUCAAACCAUGUCGCUGUCUGUACUGUUCCUCUAUUGUAUGAUCUUCGCUUCAAGCUUCUUCUUGAUGAUCAAUGCUCUUACUUGCCGUCAGGACCAGAUCCAAGCUCUCAUGCAGUUCAAGAACGAGUUUGAAUCUGAGGAUUGCAACCGCAGUGACUAUUUUAAUGGAGUCCAGUGUGAUAACGCAACUGGUGCGGUCACGAAGCUUCAGCUGCCAAGUGGUUGUUUUACUGGAACUCUCAAAUCCAACAGUAGUCUCUUCGGUUUGCAUCAGCUUCGUUACCUUAAUCUCUCUCACAGCAACUUCACUUCCUCUUCCCUCCCUUCUGAGUUCAGCAAUCUCAAAAGAUUAGAGGUUUUGUCUCUUGCCUCCAGUGGCUUUACUGGUCAAGUUCCUUCCGAAAUUAGUAACCUAGUACUUCUUACCCAUUUAAACCUUUCCCAUAAUGAGCUCACUGGUGGUUUACCACUUGUAAGAAACCUAACAAAGCUCUCUGUUUUAGACUUUUCUUACAAUAAACUCUCAGGAGCCAUACCUUAUGACUUACUACCAAGUUUGCCUUUCUUGUCUUAUCUCGAUUUGAAAAAGAAUCGGCUUACUGGUUCUCUUGAUGUUCCCAACACUUCUUCUUCACCUAGGCUAGUGUACUUGUCCCUUGGGUAUAACCUAUUUGAAGGACAAAUCCUAGAGCCUAUCUCUAAGCUCACCAACCUUACCUAUCUUGACCUUUCUUCCUUAAACAUAAGUUACCCACUUGACUUACGUGUCUUCUCUCCUCUCAAAUCUUUGUUGGUCAUUGAUCUCCGUGAAAAUAGGUUAUUACCAGCCAGUUUAAGUUCUGAUUCAGACAUUCUAUUGAGCUUGGACAGCUUGUAUUUGGUGCAGUGCGACAUUAUCGAGUUUCCAAACAUCUUAAAGACCUUUCAGAACUUGAAGCUUCUAGACAUUUCCAACAAUCUAAUCAAAGGGAAAGUGCCUGAGUGGUUAUGGAAGCUUCCUCGUCUUAGCAUAGUGAAUCUUGUUAACAAUUCUUUUACCGGUUUUGAAGGUUCUUCAGAAGUUUUACUUAACUCAUCAGUGCAGAUAAUAGAUUUUGCCUAUAACUCCAUGACAGGAGAGAUUCCUGUUCCACCACUCAAUUCUAUGUACUAUUCUGCGUGGAACAAUAGUUUCACAGGGAACAUACCACUCUCAAUUUGCAACCGAAGCACUCUCGUCGUCCUUGAUCUAUCAUACAACAACUUCACCGGUCCAAUUCCUCAGUGUCUGAGUAACUUCAAAGCCUUAAAAGUAGUGAAUCUCAGGAAGAACAGCUUGGAAGGAAGUAUACCUGAUGAGUUCUACAGCGAUGCUUUGAUACAGACGCUUGACGUUGGCUACAAUCGACUAACCGGGAAGCUUCCAAGAUCGCUUUUAAAUUGCUCCUUUCUGAAGUUUCUGAGUGUUGAUAACAACAGAAUUGAAGACACAUUUCCUUUCUGGCUGAAGGCUCUACCCAAUUUGCAUGUCUUUACUCUUCGUUCAAACAGAUUCUUCGGCCAUCUAUCUCCUCUUGAUCAAGGUCCUCUUGGGUUUCCCGAGCUGCGGAUACUUGAACUGUCGGAUAAUAGCUUUACCGGAAGCUUGCCACCAAGUUUCUUUCUUAAUUGGAAGACAUCAUCACCCAUCAUAAAUAAAGAUGGGCGUAUGUACAUGGGAGACUACAAGAAUACUUAUUAUAUCUAUGAAGAUACUUUGGAUUUGCAAUACAAAGGUCUAUUCAUGGAGCAGGGGAAAGUCCUUACUUCCUACAGCACCAUUGAUUUCUCUGGAAAUAAACUUGAAGGACAGAUUCCUGAGUCCAUUGGUCUGCUGAAGGAAUUGAUUGCGCUCAACUUAUCGAAUAACGCCUUCACGGGCCAUAUUCCUCCGUCUUUGGCAAAUGUUACAGAGCUCGAGUCACUAGACCUGUCAAGAAACAAACUGUCAGGGAAUAUUCCUAGAGGACUCGGGAGCCUCUCAUUUCUGGCUUACAUAAGUGUGGCUCAUAACCAACUCAAAGGUGAAAUACCAGAAGGACCACAGUUUAGUGGGCAAGCUGAAUCAUCAUUUGAAGGGAAUGCAGGUCUAUGUGGUCUUCCUCUCCAAGGAAGUUGCCUUGAGCCACCAACACAACAGCCUAAGGAAGAAGACGAAGAAGAAGAGGAAGAAAUAUUAAACUGGAAGGCAGUGGUUAUAGGGUAUUGGCCUGGACUGUUGUUUGGAUUAGUAAUAGCACACGCUAUCGCUUCAUACAAGCCGAAGUGGUUUGGCAAGAUAGUUAGUACAGAUAAGGGCAAGGAAGUAGAUCCAGUUAGAUUGUUUAUGACUCUGGAUUCAAGAUGGGACAGUUUUAAUGAUAAGGAUAGUGUAGAACAGGAAACUGAUAUGAAAAAAUAGUAUGUAAAUAUGUUGUUACCUGAUGUAAGAAAGAAUAUUUACUAGUUUCUGUAACUUUUGGUUCCCUUUAUUAAGAUCUCUCUUUUGGCUGAUAAUGUCCUUAUGAUAAACUGCUUUGGUUCUUCUCUGAUUCUUAAAUUAACUCAAGCCGAUGUUUCUCAAAUGCACGAAGGUCAUCAGCUUCCUGGUAA